CGGUUGUCAUCAUUACUGCUAGAGAUGGAUAACGUCCGAGAAGAUGGAGCUUCAAGCUCGAGAGCUUCCACCCAAGACAUCGAAAAGACACAAGAAUCUUACCAUGUCGAGGAAAAGGACAUGGGCAACGAACAUAUCGAGGGCAAUGCUCUGGCCAAGAAGCUGAAAAGCAGACACAUGCAAAUGAUUGCCAUUGGGGGGUCAAUUGGUGCCGGUCUUUUUGUCGGCUCAGGAAGUGCUCUUCGAUCAGGAGGACCUGCCAGUGUCUUGAUCUGCUUCAUGAUCAUCGGCGUCAUGUUGCUCUGCACGAUGCAGGCUCUCGGUGAACUGGCUGUUCUUUACCCUGUUUCAGGAGCAUUUUUCACAUACACAUAUCGUUUCGUCGACAAGUCAUGGGGGUUUGCAAUGGGCUGGAACUAUGCCCUCGGUUGGCUCAUUGUACUCCCAUUUGAACUGACGGCAGCAUCCAUUACCAUCGAAUUCUGGCGUACGGAUAUCCCAAUGGCCGUUUGGGUUGCCUCAUUCCUUGUCAUGUUAUGUCUGGUACAGAUCUUCGGCGUCCGUGGCUACGGAGAAGUCGAGUUUGUCCUCUCUUGCAUCAAGAUAUGUGCCUGUGUGGGGUUCAUCAUCUUUGGCAUUGUUGUCAAUUGCGGAGGCGUCCCCACAGACGAUCGAGGUUACAUCGGUGCUCGAUAUUGGCAUGACCCCGGCGCGUUCAGAAAUGGGUUCCAUGGUUUCUGUACCGUCUUUGUCACUGCAGCAUUUGCUUUUGGGGGCACUGAAUUGGUCGGUCUCGCCGCCGCAGAAGCUGAGAACCCAGCCAAAUCGUUGCCCAAGGCGACGAAACAAGUGUUCUGGCGCAUCGCAUUCUUCUACAUCUGCACACUUUUCAUCCUGGGCCUGAUUCUUCCAUCAGACGAUGAUCAGCUUCUCGGGGCGAGUGGAGCCAACACCAAGGCGUCACCUUUUGUGCUGGCGAUCAAGAUGGCCGGUGUGCCAGCCCUGCCAUCUAUCUUCAACGCCGUCAUUACAAUUUCCGUCAUCAGCGUCGCCAAUUCAUGCACCUUUGCGAGUUCGAGAACGAUGCAAGCCCUUGCAUGCCAUGGCAUGGGCCCUCGCUUCCUACGAUACAUCGACAAGGCAGGACGCCCACUGUGGUGCAUUGUUCUCCAGUUGGCAUUCGGGCUUAUUGCAUUCAUCGGCGAGGCUAAUGCAUCCGGCCAAGUCUUCACAUGGCUCCUAGCUCUGACUGCCCUGUCGUUCUUCUUUGCCUGGGCCAGCAUCAACCUCUCACACAUUCGAUUCCGUGCUGGGUGGAAAUACCACGGGUAUUCCGAGCACCAGCUACCCUACCGGGCACUGUUUGGCGUAUACGGAUCCUACCUGGGCCUGUUUCUCAAUUGCCUUGCGCUGAUUGCCACAUUCUACACCAGCGUCUUCCCUCUUGGAGGAAGCCCUAGUGCCAAGGUGUUUUUCAUGAACUACCUGGCCGCUCCCAUUGUACUUGCGUUUUAUGUGUUUUGGAAGAUCUAUAGCCGCGAUUGGAGUCUGUACAUUCAUGCUCGAGACAUGGACGUGACCAGUGGGCUGAGACCCGGAUGGGAGCACAUGGCGGAAGAGAAAAGCCUGAACCAACCGACAUGGCGAAGAGUGCUUUCGGGGUUCAUCUGA